AGCAGUAGAGGUAGAUGAAAUUCAAACUAUCAACUGCGUGACUAUAGCGGAAAUGAAAUGAGGGGGUCGUGCACAACUAUCACGAAAAGCAGGAUGCGGUUCGCACUUUACCAUCUGCAAUGCGUCCUGUGCGUGCGGGGUAUGCGUAUGGACUUCCUCUCGUCUUUUCCGUGGGCGGGGUCCUGCGUCGGACCAACGCAAGACGAAGAGGACACGACUACCGCGAAGGUCGUGACAGAAUCCGUGCCUGCAGCUUCGACAUCCGCACAGCCAAGUACUUCAAGCGUCGUCGAGGACAAGAACUCGUUCGGUGCAUUUGGUGCGGAUGCCGCGAACCCUCACCCUCCUGCUGAAAAUAGCGCAAACAUCACUGGCCUAAGCUCUUGCGAGGACAACGCGGACACAUCCGAGGAUGUGUUCGCCGUGCACGAGGAGGUCGCAGAUGAGGACGUUGCCGCUGCGAGGGCGGAAGUACUACUUCUUUCCUCUUCUACCAUCACCCUGACGGAGAAAAUUGACUUGAACGAGGUAAAAAUGGAAAAUGAAGAUGAAAUCAGCACGGUUGCGUGCGAGGCGGAUCACCAGGAUGGCCGCACGGAUGGAGUGGUUGUGCCUCGUGGCCGCGCGGGCGACGAGAACGGCCAGACUAAUUUGCCACAAGAGGCGUCGGAAGACGAAGACAGUGCGAACGAGCAGAACAACAACGCGCCAGGCGAGAAAAAUAAGUUCACGUCCACCAGUGACAGUGCGCGACCUGACCGCGACCUUCAAAUCCCAACAUCCGCGCCCCAGCCCCGCCCGAUCUCCGUUUUCGUCCUCGAUCCGGUAAAUGUCGCGCUAACGUACACGGUUAUUCCCGGCACCACAGACUACAAGCAGCUUAUCCAGCAAUUGAAGAAGGACUUGCCGAAAGAGUUUAAGCGCGUGGCCAAGAAGAGUCAGGAGAAGGCGAAAAAUUUGAAGAAGCUCCGAGGAAAUAGUCAGGCGCAACAAAAUGAAAGUCCGGACAACACGUUGUCGGGUUCGAACCCCAUGAGAAAGCGACCGACGAUCCAAAUCCGUGUCGUCCGGCCCAUGUCGGGGAUCCAGGGGCCAUAUACGGCACGGUACUGCGUCAUGUCGGGCAGCUACGUGCCCGCGACGAUCCCGAACCCGCGGAAGGGGCCGUUUCUCGGUUCCGGGUGCGUGGAGGAGGUUUUACCGGUUUACUUGCAGCAGGACGAGCUGGGCGAGCCGAUUUUGGAGCAGCUGCAACAGAGGUUUCUCACUGCUGGGAGCAGUACGACUAAUCCCAACGCAGACGGAGCGCAAUUGCUGAAUCAUUUAACCGAUGACACCAGUCGGUACAAUCGUAUUCUGAGCACGCAGGGCCACAUCUACAUUUCCGUCACGCGCGAAAGGCUUCCGACGUUGCUGCGGCUGGCGAACACGCAGGUCGGGCGGCUAUUGGAGCACCGAAACCGUUUGGUCCGGGAGGUGAAGCGGUCCGCGAAGAUCAACAGCAGCUCCCAAAAGUACUUGCAAAACAUGAAGCAAGAGGAGGAAUACCGCAGGACAAGUGGGCAACAACAAAGUGCUGCAGACCUCCGCCGAAGGGAGGACCAGAAAGGCAACAUCAAGGACGUGCUGGAGCGCAGCUACCUGCGGGCGUCCACCCAGGAGCAGGCCAGCCGCAUGCUACUGACGUCGGUGGAAAACGCGAGUCGGCGCUUGGCGUACGAGUUUUGGACCUCCUUGAUCGGGGAAAAUUUGGAGUCUUUGGAAGAAGAGUGGAAUUCGUAUUGGACGGCGGAGGACCGUGCGCCGUACUCGCCGUCUGCACUGGUAAAAAAAUUCUGGAAGCUGCUCACCUCCUGCGCGAACCCAAAGUCUGUCGCUGCGAGUGCAGUGGAUCCGGCGGUAGCCUCGGCGUCGGCCGGAGGGAAAAUAAAGACUGGUAAAGCUGCAGCAUCAUCCUCCGCUGCGGCCUCGAGUAGUUCUUGCGGAAUCCAAGCAAAAUCCGCGCCUUCGGCCUUGAAGCCGCCGCCGCCCAAGCAAAAGACGCUGAAAAAAACUUGGGCAAGGGACAUGCCAGUGUUUCACGUACGGAAGAACUCUUUGGCCUUUGCGCCCGACUGCGUGUGCGGCGAAGGGCUGCACAACAGAGUGACCGAGCCAGCGGUUCUUGUACAGCGACCCUACAACUCCCAAGGAGGAACUUCUACCGAUGUUGCAGUAAGAACAAACCAAACAGAAAAUAACGCGAUGAAGAUACGUUGCCUCAGCGACUGCGAGGUGGAGUGCGAGGAUGACGACUUUAUCGGUUGCUCACCCGGACCCCCUCCGAACAGUCCGAAAAUUUUGCCACCCUGCGGCCGCGCUUUGCAAAAGUCAUCCACCUCGCGGUCGAAAAUCAAUGCGGCGCUGGCGAACUUGGACGAUCCGUAUAAGAUCGCUUCUUUAGGAAAGUCCGCUCUGGCGAAAAUGAUCGAAAAGAUCCCGGUCGAGUUCCUGGAUGACGACCGGUUUGCCUUUGCGCUCCCAGGGACGAUCGUGCGGAAGAAACGCGUGUUUAAACCCACCGCGAGGGGCUCUUCUUCCUUCUCUUCGUCCUUCUCUUUUCGCGCACCACCGCCGGCGGAACAAAUGGUGCAGCCGGAAGCAGUGCAAUACGAAGAGGAGGAAAAACCCUACCACCUAGUUUUCGUCAUCCGCUCCCCGUUGCCGGGUUUUGGCACGGCCUACAGCGGAGCGUCGCCGCGCAGCGGUAUGACGAUUGCACUGAAGAACGGCAGGAGCAACCCACUGGCCGAAACGAGGGCAGAUCAUAGUAGAGGCAAACCGCCUACUGAGCAGCGGCCCCACGACGAAGUGAAAAUAGAUGUGUUUUACGUCGAAGGACCGGACCAGGGCUAUACGCAAAUGGAAGAUCACGACCCAAUUGCGAAAGCGACAAGACCGAUAAUGAGCGGAAGUGGUAGCAGUUUGAGUCUCUCGUUGCCGGGCUCUGCGAGUCGAAAGCGCAUGAAAGUUCCCGAGCCCGAUUGGACAAUGUCGUGGCGAAAGGUGUAAGAAUAGGAGUCGGGAGGUGGAGACCCGUUUUCGAAUGUAGAAAAACUAGUCCAGAGAAAGUCCCAGCGUCCACUUCUGCAGUGGUAUCGGCGCGCUCGAAGUCAAUGUUGAAAUCACAAAUCCGCUUGCAGAUUUGACGUGUAUACUUUACCGAAGAGAGACUGAAGCAGAGGCACCACCUCGUUCUGUAGCGGGGUCGCUAUCGAGGAAACGGAGCUUCUCUUUUGAACAAAUGCAUGACAUCACGAACUUUCGAGUCGUUCACGGUGUGCUGUAUUUUGAAACCGAAAAUCUGAUGCCUGCGAAAUGUCAAGACAAAAUAUUACAGUACAGUAGAUUGAAAUUUUACAUCAUCGUUUCAAGCACACGAAAAU